UCACCUUCAAGCUGUACGACACGGACAGAAAUGGGAUCCUGGACAGCUCAGAAGUAGAAAAAAUCAUCCUUCAAAUGAUGCGAAUGGCUGAAUAUCUAGAUUGGGAUGUGUCUGAGCUGAGGCCGAUUCUUCAGGAGAUGAUGCAAGAGAUCGACUAUGAUGGCAGUGGCUCUGUCUCUCUAGCCGAAUGGGUCCGGGCCGGGGCUACUACUGUCCCAUUGUUAGUGCUGCUGGGAAUGGAGAUGACUUUGAAGGACGAUGGGCAGCACAUGUGGAGACCCAAGAGAUUCCCCAGAUCAGUCUACUGCAACCUGUGCGAGUCAAGCAUUGGUCUCGGCAAACAGGGGCUGAGCUGUAACCUUUGCAAGUACACUGUUCACGACCAGUGUGCCAUGAAGGCCCGGCCUUGUGAAGUCAGCACUUAUGCCAAGUCUCGGAAGGACAUUGGUGUCCAAUCACACGUGUGGGUUCGAGGAGGCUGUGAGUCUGGGCGUUGCGACCGCUGCCAGAAAAAGAUCCGGACCUACCACAGUCUAACCGGGCUGCAUUGUGUAUGGUGCCACCUAGAGAUACAUGAUAACUGCCUGCCGACCAUGGGCCCUGAAUGUGAUGGUGGGCUGCUCCGUGAUCACAUCCUGCCUCCAUCUUCCAUCUACCCCAGCGUUCUGGUAUCUGGACAAGAUCGUAAACAUAGCAAAACAAGCCAGAAGACCUUGGAUGAUUUAAGCUUAUGCACGUCAGAGGCUCUUCGGAUUGACCCUGUUCCUAACACCCACCCACUUCUAGUCUUUGUCAAUCCUAAGAGUGGCGGGAAGCAGGGGCAGAGGGUGCUUUGGAAGUUCCAGUAUAUACUAAACCCUCGGCAGGUGUUCAACCUCCUGAAGGAUGGUCCUGAGCCAGGGCUCAGAUUCUUCAAAGAUGUUCCUGAUAGCCGGAUAUUGGUGUGUGGUGGAGACGGCACAGUAGGCUGGAUUCUAGAGUCCAUUGACAAAGCCAACUUGCCUGUUGUGCCUCCGGUUGCGGUGUUGCCCCUGGGUACUGGAAAUGAUCUGGCUCGUUGUCUAAGGUGGGGAGGAGGGUAUGAGGGACAGAAUUUGGCAAAGAUCCUCAAGGAUUUAGAGAUGAGUAAGGUGGUACAUAUAGAUCGAUGGUCUGUGGAAGUGAUACCUCAACAAACUGAAGAAAAGUGUGAUCCAGUCCCCUUUCAAAUCAUCAAUAACUACUUCUCUAUUGGUGUGGAUGCCUCUAUUGCUCACCGAUUCCACAUCAUGCGAGAGAAAUAUCCUGAGAAGUUCAACAGCAGAAUGAAGAACAAGUUAUGGUACUUUGAAUUCGCCACAUCUGAAUCCAUCUUCUCAACGUGCAAAAAGCUAGAGGAGUCUUUGACAGUUGAGAUCUGUGGGAAACCUCUGGAUCUGAGCACCCUGUCCCUAGAAGGCAUCGCGGUGCUGAACAUCCCUAGCAUGCAUGGUGGCUCCAAUCUCUGGGGUGAUACCAAGAAACCCCAGGGGGAUAUCUGUGGAAUCAACCAGGCGUUAGGCACUACAGCUAAAGUCAUCACUGACCCUGAUAUCCUGAAAACCUGUGUGCCAGACCUAAGUGAUAAGCGACUGGAAGUAGUAGGACUAGAGGGUGCGAUUGAGAUGGGCCAAAUCUAUACAAAGCUCAAGAAUGCUGGACAUCGACUGGCCAAGUGCUCUGAGAUCACCUUCCAUACCACCAAAACCCUUCCUAUGCAAAUUGACGGGGAACCCUGGAUGCAAACGCCAUGUACAAUCAAGAUCACCCACAAGAACCAGAUGCCCAUGCUCAUGGGCCCACCUCCCCGCUCCUACAAUUUCUUUGGCUUUCUGGGCUGAGAAGGACACCCUCAGUCUCCAAGCCAGCCUUGAACCCACCUCCCUGUCCCUGAACUCCACCAUCUAGGCUCUGUACAUUGCUGCCAUACCCUCCUGCCAGUUCAGUGGAGUGUUCCUUUGCCCUGACAGUAUUUAUUAUCCUGCACCAUCUCACUACAAGCACACACACAUACAAACAUCACAAACAUACAUGUUAAAAGUGCCUCAACUAAAUAAAAUGACUUCUCCCCCUAAUGGG